UUGCCAGGAGAAGCUCAGCGAUGAAUCGUGUCGAGCGUUUCUGGUAUCGGUCGGUCCCCUCACCUCGCCGUAUCCAUAUGCAUCACCUGCUAAUUAUGCCUAAGCAGUCACUGUACAUUCAUGGGCGUUGAGACCUAUGGCCACCUCGCUGAAAAUGUCGCCGAGCACUUCCGGGUCUAUGCUGACUGGCGAUUGAAGAACUUCAAUAUCACAAAACAAAGCACUAUCUGGGUUGAAUGGAAAUUCCUUCGACUGCUCGUCAAGAGGGAGACAGGACGGAAGGUGGAUGAAUUGAUUGGCGAGCAGUUCAUCUUAGGACCUCUGACUGAUGAGUAUGAUUUGGACCUAUCAACCAGCUAUAAACCGGUAGUGAGCGUGGAGGACCUAAUUGCCAUCCUUCACUACCACUGGUGUGUUGAUACUGCCUCUGUCACGCAUGAGCGAUACACCCUACAGAAUGCGCUACUGAUGUUAUUCAUUGCCUACACCUCGGCACGGCCUGGAGCACUGAUCGAGAGUGGUUGUCUCCGUGGGUCCAAUGAGGCGCUCUGCUACAAGGACAUCGCGCUGCGUGUGGUUCCAAACCCAGAUCAACCAGAACGCCAUUUGCUCGUGAUGGAAGUUUCCCUACUAUUUAUGAAAGGGAAGCGAGGCAAAUCACAACCGACAACAUAUAUUUUCCAUGAGCGAGACGAUAACCUCGCACUUUGCCCUGUCUCUCACUUCAUUGCCCUGGCACUAGCCGACGAUGCAUUUGAAGCGAGAGGCAUUGUCUCAGUCGAAGAUAUACUCCGUGUUCGAGUGCCAGCACACCGGAAUAGUCUACACCUGAAGUGGAAGGCUGACAUGCUUGAUGUUCCGGUAUUUCGCCGAGCCAUACACACAGCGGAGGGGGUUCGAAUCUCCCCAGAUAAAGCCCUACCGCGAGGAACUGCGAAUGCAGUUGAUACUGUUGCAACUCCGAGUGAACGUAACCAAAUCAUGGGCCACUCCCGAGCAGAUAUCUUCGAACGCUACUAUAUCUCAAUGAAAGUCAAGCGGGAUGUGCAGUCCGCCUAUCUUGGCUGCCCUCCCAAAGAGUCCAUCAUCCGCACAGUUGGACGCUUCAGCCUAACCCGUGAUCCCCGUGCUCCAAAGGAGCUAGGGAGUGAGCACAAGGAAGCGAUAGAGCAGGAUCCACAACUGAUCAAAUUGCGUAAUCGACAUCUUUCGCUAAAGAAGCUGAUGGAGAGAAAAUAUGGAUCAGUUUCAAAAGCCAGGAGCAGUGACCUGCAUCGCCAAUACACCGAGCUUGGGGAGGAGAUCAAGGACAAGCGACAAUAUCUCCACCGCGAAGCAUUCGACCGCUUGAGAGAGGAUUUUUUUGCAACGAUCGACACGAUUGAGAUUGAGAGGCAGCUUUUGGGGCUGUCUUUCAGCAACGAGCUCCAGGUCGAGGACCCAAAGAAUGUGCAAUUUGUUUUCAAAGAACGAAAACGGCUCUCACAGAACCUAUUUCGAUCCUCGGAUUGUAGGGUAGAAGACCAUACGGAGAUCUAUGCCCGCCGAGUGCAGACCAUUCAAGACUGGGUUUCACUCUGCAGCUUACGCGAAGGACCACGCAAGCGAAGAGCUGCAUCUGCAGACUCUGGAAUCGAUCUUGCAUUCGAUGAGAUCAUCGACGCGGAUACCUUUCCCGCCCUGUGCCCUGGUACUCAAUGUCUCUUCUGCCUUGGAGAUGACCAGCUUCCGCUUUCUGGGCGCAUCUAUUCCUUUUUACGUCCCGAUCAUCUCCGAAGACACGUUCAAGAUUGCCACUUCCGUUAUCUGGACGCCACCGCUCCUCUGUGGUGCCCUCACCCAUCGUGCUUAGAGCUUCUAGAUGGCGUGCAGGACUUUCAGGGACACGCUCUUCAAGUUCACAACGUGUACAUUUGA